CCCCGACGAGGCGGAGGCGCUGGCGGAGGCGGCUGAGGUCGCUGCGCGGAGUGAGGCGUUGGGAGGCCCAUCUUCGGCGAGGUUGGCCCGGGCUUCGGCUCAUGGCAGCGAGCGGCGUCCAUCGUGAGAUCAUUAACUGAAGACCAAAUAAGUAGCUAUGCAAAAUUCUCACAUGGAUGAGUACAGAAACUCUGAUAAUGGCAGCACAGGCAACAGUUCAGAGGUAGUAGUAGAGCAUCCAGAUUUCAGUACUGAGAUUAUGAAUGUUACGGAGAUGGAACAGUCACCUGAUGGCUCUCCCAGCGUGAAUGCAUCCACAGAAGAAAAUGAAAUGGCAAGUGCUGUGGACCUUCCAGUGACAGAAACAGAAGGAAACUUCCCUCCAGAAUUUGAGAAAUUUUGGAAAACAGUAGAAACUAAUCCUCAGGAUUUUACAGGCUGGGUAUAUUUGCUUCAGUACGUAGAACAGGAGAAUCACUUGAUGGCUGCCAGGAAAGCAUUUGACAAAUUUUUCAUACACUACCCGUAUUGCUAUGGUUACUGGAAAAAGUAUGCAGACCUUGAAAAGCGACAUGACAACAUUAAACAAUCAGAUGAGGUGCGUUAAACCUCUACAGUUUGUCAAGCUUUGCAGUGCAAGCCUCUGUAUUACACUGCAGCUUAACAAACGCUGUCAUUGAUGCUCUAAUGGGUCUGUGCCCUAUGGUCUGUAACCCAAAGCCUGCCCACACAACCCGGUCAGAAUGCAGGGACUGCUGCGCUUUGAAGAUCAAGACUCUGCACGUGGGGAUCAGAACAUUGCCAUGUUCUAUCCAACCUCCACCCAAAUGGUUUAUCGACGGGGGCUUCAGGCAAUACCUCUUAGUGUUGAUCUUUGGAUACAUUAUAUAAAUUUCUUAAAAGAAACAUUGGACCCUGGUGACCCUGAGACGAACAGUACAAUAAGAGGAACUUUUGAGCAUGCUGUUCUAGCUGCAGGAACAGAUUUUCGAUCUGACAAACUAUGGGAAAUGUAUAUAAACUGGGAAAAUGAACAGGGAAAUCUGAGAGAAGUUACAGCUGUGUAUGAUCGGAUUCUUGGUAUUCCAACACAGCUGUACAGUCAUCAUUUUCAGAGAUUUAAAGAACAUGUACAGAAUAACUUGCCUAGAGAUCUUUUAACUGGUGAACAGUUCAUUCAGUUGAGAAGGGAAUUAGCUUCUGUAAAUGGAAACAGUGGUGAUGAUGGACCUCCUGGUGAUGACCUUCCAUCAGGAAUUGAAGACAUAACUGACCCAGCAAAGCUGAUUACUGAAAUAGAAAACAUGAGACAUAGAAUCAUUGAAAUUCAUCAAGAAAUGUUUAAUUAUAAUGAGCAUGAAGUUAGUAAGAGGUGGACAUUUGAAGAAGGUAUUAAAAGACCUUAUUUUCAUGUGAAACCUUUGGAAAAGGCCCAACUAAAAAACUGGAAAGAAUACUUAGAAUUCGAAAUUGAAAAUGGGACUCAUGAAAGAGUUGUGGUUCUCUUUGAAAGAUGUGUUAUAUCUUGUGCCCUCUAUGAGGAGUUUUGGAUUAAGUAUGCCAAGUACAUGGAAAACCAUAGCAUUGAAGGAGUGAGGCAUGUCUUCAGCAGAGCUUGUACUGUUCACCUUCCAAAGAAACCCAUGGCACAUAUGCUUUGGGCAGCUUUUGAGGAACAGCAGGGGAACAUUAACGAAGCCAGGACUAUCUUGAGAACAUUUGAAGAAUGUGUUCUAGGACUGGCAAUGGUUCGAUUGAGAAGAGUAAGCCUAGAACGACGGCAUGGAAAUAUGGAAGAAGCUGAGCAUUUGCUUCAAGAUGCUGUAAAGAAUGCCAAGUCAAAUAAUGAGUCGUCAUUUUAUGCUAUUAAACUAGCCCGACAUCUUUUCAAAAUACAAAAAAAUCUUCCAAAAUCAAGAAAGGUACUUUUGGAAGCCAUCGAAAGAGAUAAGGAGAACACAAAGUUAUACCUCAAUUUACUUGAAAUGGAAUACAGUUGUGAUCUCAAACAAAAUGAAGAAAGUAUCCUCAAUUGCUUUGACAAGGCCAUUCAUGGUUCAUUGCCUAUUAAAAUGAGAAUUACCUUUUCUCAGAGAAAAGUGGAAUUCCUUGAAGAUUUUGGUUCAGAUGUUAAUAAGCUUUUGAAUGCAUAUGAUGAACAUCAAACACUUCUAAAGGAACAGGAUUCCUUAAAAAGGAAAGCUGAAAAUGGUUCAGAAGAACCAGAAGAAAAGAAAGCACACACAGAAGAUAUGUCAUCAGCACAAAUCAUUGAUGGGGAUUUACAGGCAAAUCAAGCUGCAUAUAAUUACAGUGCCUGGUAUCAGUAUAAUUAUCAGAAUCCUUGGAAUUAUGGACAGUAUUAUCCUCCACCUCCAACCUGAUGGAAAAAAUGUAAAUUUCAGAUUGGUUAUAUGAGAAAUGUGGAAUUAUUUUUUUUGAAGGAUGUAAACAUAGCAUAAGCUUGUUGUAUUUGAUAAUUUGUCUUCCCAGUUUCUGUGUAACAUUUGUUUAGUUAUUAGUAGAAAAUGUCAAUUAGUAGUGUACCAUAGAAACUUUCCUACCAUUUUUAAAAUUUACUUUUUAUUAGAGAAUUAUUUUUUUUUUAAUUUUUAUUUUAUUUUACUGAAGUGGUCUAGAAUUCUUUUGCAGCUCACGCAAGAGAUUUGUAGCCUUAAGUGUAGGGAAAAAGACUGACUGCAAAUCAUGUCAGUUACAAGAUUCUGGGGGAAAAAAUAAGGGCUGGUUAUUGAGAAUUUUAUCUCCUUAAAAACAUUUAAAAGAAAGAUUCUUAACCUCAAAUGCUAAGGUUAUCUCUGUGUUUCAGUUGAACUUGGAAAUUUGGCUCUAAUUGCAAGAAAAAUGAACUAUUAACAUGCUCUGCCUUGGAAUAGAUUAUAAAUGAGAAAGUGUAAUGAGAAAAUCAGCAUCCCCUUAAGAAAUGAAAUAUCAAAGAAUGUUUUGGGAGACUCUGUAUCUAGAAUAUUCAUAUAAAACUUGCGAGCAAGCUUUCAUUUUGAUCAAGCUUAUCGUCAUUUUUGUAAUAAAAGUGAAGACUCAUGCAGCAAUUGUUUAUGAAUUCAUUUGGGGGAGGUACACCAAAUACAGAUUAACAUUGCUUUGAAGUAAUGUUAAUUUAUUAUUUUCUUACCACAGUGUUUUACAUACUUUGAUUUUCUGCUUCAAGUUCUAUGCCUUUGACCUUUCACCAUGGAAUAACAUUUUUAAAAUGUCCCGGACAAAGAUAGCCACCUUGAUUAACAGUUAUACUCUUAUUUGGAUGAACUCCCAAGUCCUGCUUACCUAAUCCGAACAUUAAUACAGCAACACAGAGUAAGUCAAAUCAAGACAAUCCAUGACAUUUUUAUUGAGCCUUUUAGUUUAUGAUAUGAGGUAAAAGGAAAAGCAGUUCUCUUUAAUACUUUACACAGCUAUAGUAAAAUAUCUGAGACUUAAAGGGACUUCCAGGGGGUUACAUUUCUCAAAAAUUGAGAUCAAGUAAACAAGCUUUAACUCCUUGAAUUUUCCAGUUGACUCUUCCCUUAAAAUAGUAAUAAGCUCUAUUUAGUCACAUUAAGUUUCAAGGCCAAGUUUUUAUUGUUGAUGUCUUCAGAUCUGAAGCACUGGUUUCAGUCAAUAUCUACUAAUUCUACUUCAAAAAUGAGUUUGGCAUUUGGUGGAAUUCUGUGGGAAAUGGUCAAGGUAAAACUGAUGAAAGUGCCUCUCCCCCAACCACUAACCUAUUGCAUAAUACUAGGAUUGAGAAAUCUAGCUAUUAGUAAUUUAAGCUCAAAAGAAAGAGUGUUGGUGUGACAGCACACCUCUAAGCCUCAAAAUUUGUGUGCUGGAGACAGAAAUACUUCCAAGGUAACCCAGAAAUACUUCCAAGGUAACCCAGAGAGAAUGUCCCAAUAAAUUUAAGAGGAAGAGAUUUGUCUUAGACUCAGAGGCUAGCUUGAGUUUCCUAAAAGUAUCAUAUCCUUAGUGAUCAACAGAAAGCAAUCAUAAAAGUCGAAUUUCAACAGUAUUCUUCUUACCUGAAUGCCUCACUAAUGCUACUGAAUUAGCCACUAUCUAUGAAGGCUGUGCUACUUAGUAUUCAGAACAUCUGAGUGAGUCAAAGUCUGUACAAGUCAGAACAUGGCACCUACUGUGAAUUCAAAGCUAAGUUGAUGCACAGCUUUAAUGCCAGCACUAGGAAACAGGCAUGCAGAUCUGAGUUACAGCCAGGGCUACACAGAGAGAGAAACCGCCUCCAAAAAACAAAAUAGAAAAAAAGUCUUUCAUCAUACACAUGAGAUUAGUCUUGAUGCUAUCACAUGCAGGCAAGCUGAAAUGAAUUUAACUUUUAAGACUACAAAGAGGACUUCCAACCUUAACCUCACUCCUUAUCCCCAAAAGUCCCAAUAUCAAAACUAAUUUUGCCAACAAGAAUGGAAUCAACACCUAAAAAUUACUUCCCGCUUAACUACUGGAUUAAAAAUCAUUGCCUUUCUGAUUUUUGUAAAUGUUGACAAACCACUUUGUCAUAGAAGUACUGUAAUUAUCAAUAAAUGCUCACUAACAUUA